AUGAUGAGAAACAGGAUGAAGAACAAAAUAGCAGGUGGUGAUAAUGGUGGUGAGAAGGAAGUAGAAAUUGAGAGAAAUUUGCGAUCACCGGCAUUUAAAAACCAGCCUGGGAGCCAUUCCAUCAUUCCUGUGAAAGACCCAGAAGCAAAAGGUGGCAAAACAGUUUUUGACAAGAUGUCAUCAGGAAAUGCUCAGCACAACAACGCUGAAGCUUCCACUGGUGGCCAGAAAUCAGCAAGUGGACUUUCAGGAAGGACUAACCAGAGUGAUAAGGACCUCCUGGACUCCCAGGAGAUCGUCCCACUGAAGGAAAGGAUGGCUUUGUACCAGGCAGCUGUGUCCAAAGUCGAGAUCAGCAACUCCUCUGCCAAUGCUCUGGAGGAUUCAGAGGCUUGCAGGAUACCUGGAGGCUUGGCAAGUGUGAAGAACCAAUUUGAAAAAGAAGAAACCAGCUCUUCAUGGAAUACUCAAUACCAAUACCAACAUAAAUCUGUACAGAAGGUGACAAGUCAAAGUCAAGCCAAGAUGUCAAGAAGCAGCACAGAAACAAGAGUAGAUGACGUGACUUCAGAAGAAACGCAGCUGGAAGCCUUUCAGUCAGAAAAGGUUUCUCAUCAUGAGCAAGCUUCCACUGAGGCUAAGACAGUUUCUAACAUUACUGAAAGUAUUGAUGAAACAGUGGUCAACACAACCAAGAAUGAGGAGAUUCCAGUGAUUUCUACGCAAUCUUUAAAGCAGCAUUUUGAAAAAACGGCGCAGGGAAAGAUGUUUCAUUCUGGACGAGAGAGUGGAACGCCUGCAAAGCAGAUCAAGAUUGAAAAUGAGUAUCAAGACAUGGUUUGGCCUUCUGCAGCCUUUUCUUCUGCUGCGGAAUCAGCUUCAUCCAGUAGACAACAGGACAUAUAUAUGGAAAGGAAAACAGAAUACGCAUCCGCUGCUUCAGCUGCAGCCUACAGCAACUCUUCUAAGUAUGGGAGUACAGAGGAAUUUCCUCCUCCACCAUCUCCAGACUUAUUACAGGCUCCAUCUGAUAUGACAAAGUUUUCCCAGUCCCCUGAACCCUCUCCCUCACCAUCAAAGCAACCUCUUCCCAAAGAUUUGUAUUCUAAGCAAAGAAAUCUUUAUGAAUUAAAGCGUUUAUAUAAACACAUUCACCCGGAAUUGAGGAAGAAUUUAGAAAAAGAGUACUUCAGUGAUGUUUCUGAGAUAGUCUCUAGUAGGGACACUGAGAUAGGUAGCUCAGUAGCAGGAGAUGUACGUCAGGUUAGGUAUGUCUUUGAAAACACAGAAAGCAGCCCACAAAAGUGCAUGAGCCCAGAAAGAGAGUAUUUGGAAUGGGAUGAAAUCCUAAAGGGAGAGGUCCAGUCUAUGAGGUGGAUCUUUGAGAAUCAGCCUCUGGAUUCAAUCAAGGAUGAAUCCCCUGACCCAAGCAUUGCAGACCAAGAAAUUAUUGCAGGCGGAGAUGUUAAGUAUACUACAUGGAUGUUUGAAACACAACCCAUGGAUGCACUGGGGACUCAUUCCCCAGACGACACAGAAAGUGAAGACAAAAUUCCUGAACUGGCUCGGGGAGAUGUCCGCACAGCUACUUGGAUGUUCGAAACUCAGCCAUUGGACUCAAUGAAUAAAAUUCACCACGAGAAGGAACAAGAAUCCAAUGAGACCUUCAUUAAGGAAAUCACUGGUGGAGAUGUCAAAACAGUGAGCUAUAUGUUUGAAACCCAGCAAUUGGACACUCUUGGACAGCUUUAUUCAGUGGAUGAAGCUAAGUUGCUGCAGCUCCGAUCUGAACUAAAGGAGAUUAAAGGCGACGUGAAAAGAAGCAUAAGGCAUUUUGAAACUCUACCAAUGUAUGUCAUUAGAAACAAUUUAGGCCAAAUGCUGGAGAUUAAAACUGUCCAUAGAGAAGACCUUGAGAGAGGAGAUGUCAGAACAGUACGCUGGAUGUUUGAAACACAGCCUCUAGACAUGAUCAACAAAGAUUCCAUGGAAAUCAAAGUUGUCCGUGGAAUCUCCAUGGAGGAAAGUAUCAAAGGUGAAGUGGGCAGGGCAAAAUGGUUAUUUGAAACCCAGCCUUUGGAUACUAUUAAAGAGGAUUCCGAAGAAUCUGUUGUGGAAAAAGAAGUCAUUGUAGGCACUGAUGUCUGCAGAAAAUGUUGGCUUUUUGAGACUCAUCCUCUUGAUACCCUAAAAGAAAGGGAAGAGACAAAUUUUUGGCCCACAGAAGAAAUAAUAGGAGGGGAUGUAAAUACUACUAAACACUUAUUUGAAACAUUGCCAAUGGAUAUGCUAAAGGACAGCCCAGAAGUUGGAAAGCUUCCAAAAAUGGCUGCCACUGAGGAAGAGAAGGGAGAUGUGAGGCAUCAGAAGUGGAUUUUUGAGACUCAGCCUCUGGAACAGAUCAGGGAGGAAAGAAAAGAAUUCAUAAGAACGGUGAAACUGGAGGAAAUUGACAAGGGAGAUGUGAGGAGCUGCAAGCAUGCAUUUGAAACAUGCCAUUUAAGUAAACAAGACAACGCUCAUAAAAUUCUCAUUGAAGGUGUAACAAGAGGUGCAGUGAAAUUAAAUAAAGCUGUUUUUGAGACAACUCCAUUAUAUGCAAUCCAGGAUAGCCUUGGGAAAUAUCAUGAAGUUAAAACAAUUCGACAAGAAGAGGUUGUAAGGGGAGAUGUCAGAAACUGCAGGUGGCUCUUUGAAACAAGGCCCAUUGACCAGUUUGAUGAGAGUAUUGAAAAAAUUGAGAUCAUCAAAGGGAUAUCUUCACAAGAAGUACAGUCAGGUGAUGUGAAAACAGCUAAGUGGCUGUUCGAAACUCAGCCUCUUGACGCCAUUAAAUAUUUUAGUAAUGUGGAGGAUGAAGAAAGCAAAGAACAGAUGGAGACAACAGAAAUUGUCAAAGGGGAUGUAAAAACGUGCAGGUGGCUAUUUGAAAACCAGCCAAUGGAAACUCUGUAUGACAAAGAGGAGGUAGUGACAGAUACUGAAGAGAUACAUAGAGGCGAUGUCAAAACCUGUACUCUGCUUUUUGAAACCCAACCUCUUGAUGCCAUAGGGGAAGAAUCAGAAACAGCUGUAAAACUACACACAGUGGAGCAGGAGGACAUCCAGGGCAGCGAUGUCCGGACCGCGUGUUUCCUUUUUGAGACCGAGAAGCUAGAAAAUAUACAAGGAGAAGAAGACCAAGAGCUGAAGCGAGUUGUGGAAAUUGAUAUCCAGCCUGGAGAUGUCUCAACUAUGAAGUAUAAAUUUGAGAACCAAUCAUUAGACUCAAUCAAUUUCAGCUCGGAGGAAGUUUUGAACAAAAUUAAAACCAUACAAAAUGAAGACAUACAGAAAGGGGAUGUUUUGCAUUGCUGCUGGCUUUUUGAGAAUCAGUCUCUAGAUGAAUUAACGGAGCACGAAGGAGACAGGACCUCAGCAAAAACUGUUACAGACAUCCAGGGUGGAAACGUGAGGAAAGGUUGCUUUGUCUUCGAAACAUUUUCUUUGGAUCAGAUUAAAGAUGAAUCUUCUGUAGAGGUAGACAGCAUCAAGAAAACCAUUAGUGAAGAAGAGAUCACAAAAGGAGAUGUGAAAAGCUACAGAAUGCUCUUCGAGACCCAGCCCCUCUAUGCAAUUCAAGACAAAGAAGGGUAUUAUCAUGAAGUGACGACCGUUAAAAAGGAAGAAGUGAUUCAUGGAGAUGUACGUGGGACUCGGUGGCUCUUUGAAACGAAGCCUUUAGGAUCAAUAAACCAAUCUGAUAAUGUGUAUGUUAUAAAAUCAGUCACCCAGGAAGAUAUUCAGAAAGGAGAUGUUAGCUCAGUCAGAUACCGAUUUGAAACGCAAGCAUUGGACACCAUUUCAGAUGAAGAAAAAAUCAUCAUGCCCACAGUUGACAGUGUUCAGGGUGGGGAUGUGAAAGCCAACAAGAAAUUAUUUGAAUCUGAAGAAACCCAAGGAGGCAGGUAUGUAAGAACAGUGAGUGUCAGUGAAAUACAGCAAGGCAAUGUUAAAACAUCUACUUGGUUAUUUGAAUCACAUACCAUCGACGAAAUUAGAGGAGAGGGGUCAGAGUACAAAGAUGUCAAGACAGUAACAAAGGAAGAUGUGCAAGAAGGUGAUGUUCAGAAUGCAGUGUGGCUUUUUGAAAACCAGCCCCUGGACUCCAUUAAGGAAACAGAUGAAAGCGAUACAAAAAUAGAUAAAGAAGAAAUUCCACAGGCAGAUGUGAAGACCACAACAUGGCUUUUUGAAACCACUCCUUUCCAUGAAUUCAAUGAAAGUAAGGUUGAAAAGGAGGAAAUCGUAGGGAAAAGUGUGAAAGAAACUUUAAAGGAACUUUAUUCUCACAAAGUUGUGGCAUCUCAUGGAAUUAUCCUGGAGGCAGAUGAAAUUGGAGAUGUCCGAAUGGCAAAAUAUAAACUGAUGAAUCAGGAGGCACCUGAAGUACAAAAAGAAGAGAUUAUUAAAGGGGAUUUAGCCAACAUCAUGUUGAACUUGCUGUCCAGACCAAGCGCUGUUGAAAGGGAAGCUAAAAUAAAUGAGGACGAAAAGGGCAAUGUGAAUUUGACCAAAGAGCAGUUGCUGACUAGAGCAACAGAUGUUCACAUUGAAAAGGAAGAGGUGGUGAGAGGUGAUAUACAGCAAGCAAUAAACAGCCUGUUUAAUAAGGAGAACUCUGCAACACGUGGAAUUUUAAUUCAAGAAAAUGAGAGGGGAGAUAUUAACAUGACAGUCUAUUCUCUCUUUCACAAAAAGGACAACAAUAAAAUCGAGCAAGAUGAAGUUAUAGGUGGCGAUGUGAAGCGUACGAUUCACAGCCUCCUCUCCUCUGCAAUGAAUAAUGAAAUAUCGGAAAGGCCUAAAAUAGACGAUUCAGAAAGGGGCAAUGUUCAGUUUUUUACAACAUGCAUAGAAGCCGGGGCUCUGGAUUAUUUGAAACUACUCCAGACAGGAACAAAUGAAACAUUUGCAAGAAGGGAUCAGGAGGAGGAGGAAGAGGUGGAGGAAAUAAUUGGGGGUGACGUGGAAGGCACAAAACUGUUACUUAAGAAAAAGAAGUCUCAAAUUCAACGGACAGUUAAUGAAACUGACAUCAUCCCUGGAGAUGUGUGCAAUGCAGUUAAGAUCUUUAUGACUGAGCCGCAAAAUACAUCUUGUCAUGUAUGCAAAGAAGAAAUUAUAAAAGGUGAUUUGAAGGCAGCCUUAUAUUCCCUUAGUCAGGCCAUAAAUCAAACAACUGUUACAGAAAAGGAAGAAAUUAUCAAAGCUGAUAUCCUUGCAAUCCUGAAGUCUCUUAAAGAAUCAGCUUAUCGCCUGAAAGAAACAGAAAAACCUGAUAUCAUCCCUGGCGAUAUUAAGCAGGCGAUUGAAUCGCUGGAGAAAGCAAUGCACACAAAAAAUGAAGUCUUAAGAGAAGAUGUUGUUCGAGCUGACCUUGAGUCCACACUCAAGUCUUUAAAAGCAGUUCAGCAGUCUUUCAAAGAAGUAGGUAGAGAAGAAAUAGCCAAAGAAGUUGUUCAUGGCGCUGGAGAAAGCUUGCUAGAAGCCUCUGCAGAAAGAAAAACAAUGCAACACCAAGCAGGCGUGCGUAGAGACCUGAAAAGAACCAACCAGAUGCCGUUUAAGCCAUCUCAAAAAUUAGUCAAGAACGAAGUUAAUGUAACUGGACGUUUACAAAAUAAUAUUAAAUCUCAUCAGGAACAUCAUGCAGGAGCGAAGUUUGAAAAGGAGAGCAUCUUCACUGAAGAUACCAGAGCGAUCCAUUUGGAUCAAAAACAGAGCACCAAGAUUCAUGAGGCAGAUCAGAGAAAUGUGAAGUGUUUAUCUAAUUCCCAAUACAAGGUCACUGAAAAAGCAGAUAAAUCUCUAGAUAAAGUCAGAAUCCAGAAUGUUGCCAAAAGAGAAGGAAAGACUCGUACUGAUCAAUAUGUGAUUGAUCAAUCUGCUUUUUGUAGUCUUGUUCAGAAAAAUGAAGGAACAGAGAAAUCAGAAGCAAGCAGAAUACUGAGGAAAGACAGUUCAUCUAGUGUUGUACAGUCCGCAAAACAAAUUACUGGAAAGAAACGGAAUGCAUUUCACGAACAUAAAGAUGAAGAAUAUUUUGACAUGAACUGUCACGAGGAGAUGAAAGAAAAAUCAGCACUGUCCACGAGCGAUUAUAGCUCCCAUCACAGAGGUGCAGAGCAACUGGUCAACAUGUCAACUGGCAUGAUUUCCAAAGCAGCUGGUCAUUUUCAAACGCAAGAAGUGCAGCAAGAUAGAAAACAAUCUCUGCAUUCAAAGGAGGCUCUCAAAGAGAUGAAAAAUAAUGUUAAGGCAAGCCAAGCUGAGGUUUCCAUGGCAUCCGAACAGAAUAUAAAAACUAAUCAAAAAGUCAAAGUCACACAGGAAAUGCACAGACAAUUUAAAGAAGCUGAAAGGAAGCAAAAGUGUGACAUUAUCCAGCAAAAUGAGAAAUCCAUGUCGAGGUUCAGGGGAAAGGCUAAGUUGGAAGACGCUGAGUCAAACGUCAGAGGUCUGGUGAAAAAUCCCCUGAAUCCAAAGAAGAACCCCAAGGGCCCAGACAGAUCAGAAGUUGAUUCCCCGCCCCCACCUCCCCCUCCUCCUUCACCACCACUGUCAGUCAUUUCCUCUGAAGCUGACUUGCCUCUGCCGCCACCUCCCCCUCCUCUAACUCAUUUAAUGAUGGAUUCUGACAGACAAGGGUUUCCUUCACCUCCACCGCCAGUAAGACAGGUGAAAACGGAGUGCGAGCAUUUUCCUCCACCACCUCCAGCAGAAGACAAACAUGAAUGUGGAUUGGCAUCUGCUUUGACUCCACCACCUCCUCCUCUGCCAAAACAGAAGAAAGAACAUUUCCUCAAAGAUCUAGAGAAAGCAUUGCAACCAUCCGUACAUCCUCCUGUUGGCAUUAAACCCGGCAGGGGCCCAUACAUCAAGAAACAUCCCCAGAAAGAACUUGCAAAUGAGUUAGAAGGAAGCUCACCUCAAACAGGUCAGAAAAUCCAACCAAAUGUUGUUCAGAUGCAGAAAGAAAACAAUAUGGCAAAAACAACGGGAGAAAAAACGGAGAGCGCAAUGGUGCGGAAAAUGGUUAGCCUUGAAAAGAAAGAGGACAGAGUCUGCACAAAAACAGAAGAGGUUAGAAGGGCUGCAUCUGUUAUGGAAGCGAAUAAGCUGGAGACAUCAGCAGUAAAGAAAACAAGUGCUUUCCCGCUUGUUAGGUCACCUUCCCUUCCAGCAGAGGCCACACAAAUGAAGCCUAAGCCUUAUGUACGGAAAUUUAAAACCCCUUUAAUGAUUGCAGAAGAAAAAUUCAGACAGCAAAGGGAAGAGCUGGAGCAAAAGCAAGCGAAAGAUGUUUGUCAACUAGUUAUGAGAAGAAACAGUGAAACGUGGGGAAGUUCCAUUCAGACAGGAUCAGAAUAUUGUCUGCCAGUAUUAAAACCAGAUGAGGAGGACCAAAACCCUCUGCAAGGUCCACCACCCUUUGCCACUCCAGAUAUACUUGCAGAGCCUGAACGUCAGGUGAAGCCGCAAGUCGUGGGAUUGCAAAAGGAUGAUCCUCAGCCUGUGCCAAACAUAGCAACAGUGGAACAGUCCCAAAACGUUUUAAAAAUCUCAGCAGAAGAGCACAUUAGAAAAAAGGCAGUCCACGAGUCACAAAGCCUUACAAAACACUGUGUGUCUUCUCAGAAGGUACAGACCCAAAGAGAACACACUAUGCAAAAGAAAGAGCAGCACCAAAAUGAGGAGCAGUUGCAUAUGACGAAAAGUAAAACUGGGUCCCCUACUUUCAAAGUUAGAACUGUCAAGCUUCCUGCUUUAGAUCAAAGCUUACAUGGAACCCACAAGGAUUCUGUGACCCACAAAACGCAAGAGGCAACUAGCGUCCAGAAUGUUGUGAACCAACGCAUUCAAGAAAAACAAAAAGAAAAUAUAAGCAAUUCUAAUAGAAAAAAGCAAAGCACUAUAAAGGCAAAUAAUCAUGUGAAUGUUGAUGAGAAGAUGCACAUGGAGAAACCGAUUUUAAAAUUCACUGAAGGCAGGCAUGAAGUAAAGGACACAGAAUCCAGUGAAGUGAAACAAAAGUUAGUUCAAAGGAAAGAAAUGGGGAAAGACGAAAUUAAACAAGAAAGAGUCUCUUUGGCUAUGGAAGGAAGGCAUAGGCAGGUAAUUUCUUGCCCUAAAGAGGAGAAAGUAAUAAUUCAAAGUAAACAAGAAGAGGUUAGCAAUAAAUCAGAAAAAAUGGUCAAACAAAAGAUAAUUGGUAUACAUCAAGAGUCACAGACUUUGACUUCUGAACAAGAGAAAACUCUUAUUUCAGAUAUAAACAUCAAAAACAAGAAACUGUCCCAGGAAAACAGUACUCUGCAAGGAAGGGAAUGUGCUAGGGAAAAGAUAAUGCAACAGAAAAAAGGCCUUCUUAAGACAAUGGAGCCGCAACAAGAACUUACACAGAAAAAGAUAUUAUUAUCUAGUCCAUCAAGAGAAUCAGUACAAAAUAAUGAGAAAGGCUCCAUAGAUGUAUUAGCAUUCUUGCGGAAACGUGAGGAAGUACAGCAAGUAUUGUCCAGAGUGAAGGAGUUUGAAACUGAGCCAAAUAAAAAUGGAAUCAAAACAUUUCAGACCUUCCUAAAUGUUAUUCCAGAAUGGCUGGUAGAAAAAGAAAGGAAGCAAAGCUUAACUUAUAUCGCACAAGAAAAUAAUGUUGAAAAGAUGAAAGAAGUAUUAUCAGUUAUUAAAGAUCAAGCUGCCAAAAUGCUUGAGUCAUGCGAAGAUGCAAUCCAGACAGUCAUGAUUUCCACGAAACCCCUAAGACCUAGAAAAGACUCUCUUAGAGUUGGAGGAUCACCACAGAAAAUGGCUAAAGUAAGCAUUGGCUCUAGCAGGAAAGAUUCACAGAAGACGAAAGAGAUGAUCAAAGACACAAUGGCACAUCAAGAAAUAAAGCAGCAAGUGAAUGCGCACAGAUUUUCAGAAAUCAAAAGUUCUUCGCCAUCCCUAAGAAUGCGAGCACCCUCGCCAACUUACAUUACAAUUGAAUCUAGAUGCAUUGAAUCCCCUUUCAGGGAGCUCUCAUCUCCUGUCCAAAGGGAAAGUACUCCAGUUCCACCAUCACCCCCUCCCAGGUCUGUUACCCCAACGUGUAAGAUGCAGCAGCCAGCUGCCUGCCUCUCUCCAUCCCCUCCAAGGAGCCGUUCUGAGCAACUUGCCAAGCUUAAAGACACCACAGUAAAACUGUCUCAAGGAGCAACACAAAAUCGAUCAGUAACCCCAAUUCCUAUUGUGGAAAGAAGGUCAGAGAUUGUGAAAUCCCCCGCAACACUCCGUCGGCAAAUCAAGAUUGAGGCACGACAAUCUGAUGUUUCAUCUUCAAAAGUGUCACCUGUAAAUGAAUCACAUGGAACUGCUGGUACAGUGAAGCAAAAGAAAGGAACUCGUGAGGAAUCUGAAACAAGCAAAACAUACAUCUCCAAAAAGAGAGGAAACAUUCCAGAAGGCCUAGAGCCACUUGGACAGAAUUUAGACCCGAUUUCCAUUACGCAAACAUUUGAGGUUCCUAAGGCUGAUCCUAAAGGGCUUGUGCAUAGGUUUGAAGCAUCUGAGCAGAUGAUUCACAUAAGGAAGGAACCAGAUAUACCUGAAAGAUUAGGCCAUGAGAGUGAGGAUAAAGUAGAUAUAGUGUCAGGAACAUUGAAUAAUAAGCCAAUAGCAGAAGAGAAAUGCAAGAAAAGGUAUGUCAAAAAUGGUGUCAUCAGUGGCAAAAUAAAGGAAGAAAGGCAGAGGUUUAGGAAGGAUGAAUUUGGAGAAAUUUCUCAAGAGAGCGAAAAGCAAAAAGAUGGUUUCCAAAAGUCUCCAGGGAAGCGGCAAAGAGAACCAAAAGCAAAGCAAUGUGUCGUUAAAGAGCAUCCCUUGGAACCGAUGGUGUGCUUUGACGCAACGUCUCAUGCCCAACGCUCUUCCGGCCUGGACUCCUUUGAGAACACCAUCGUUGAAUCGAGAUCCGCCACCUCCACAUCACGGAGCGUCGACGGGAUGCAGUCUGGAGGAUUUGGCUUCAAACGCGCACCUCCGACGUACGAAGACGUGAUCUCAGGCCACCUCUUGGAUAUUUCUGCUGCCGAUUCGCCGGAAGAACUGCUAAGGAAUUUUCAGAAGACGUGGCAAGAAAGUGAGAGAGUAUUUAAAAGUCUCGGCUACACCGUAUCAGAAGCUGCGGAAGCGGAAGUGCGGAGCAGCUUCCAUGAGCAAGCAGAGUUUAUAAGUGAAACUGCAACUUCAGGGAAAGGAAACAUGCCUGCUUUGUCAAAAGAGAGUUUAUCCAAUGGAGUGUCUGGUUGCCGACAAGCAGACUUUUCAUAAAUCAUGUUUUCGAUGUCACCACUGUGGCAGUAAAUUAAGCUUGGGAAAUUAUGCUUCUCUCCAUGGCAAAAUAUACUGCAAAACCCAUUUUAAGCAACUUUUCAAAUCCAAAGGAAAUUAUGAUGAAG